AGUAGCCUUUCUCGCCGAAUCAGGUUCACCAUAAACUUGCCAAAAUCAAGAUGGCAGCAGCGAUGGACGUAGACGCACCCAGCUGCUCCAGUAGCGGAGCAAGCAAGAAGCGAUUUGAAGUGAAGAAGUGGAAUGCUGUGGCACUGUGGGCCUGGGACAUUGUUGUGGAUAACUGUGCUAUAUGUCGAAACCAUAUCAUGGAUCUUUGUAUAGAGUGCCAGGCCAACCAAGCUUCUGCGACGUCUGAGGAGUGCACAGUAGCCUGGGGUGUCUGCAAUCACGCCUUCCACUUCCACUGUAUUUCCCGCUGGCUCAAGACCAGACAAGUGUGCCCACUUGACAACAGAGAGUGGGAGUUCCAAAAGUAUGGACACUAGCUGGGAUACUUUGACCUCCUCGGCUUUAGUUUUUUAGGUUUUACCCACAAUGCAUCUCUUCCCUUCCAGCUUUCUGUAAUCAGUUGGGCAUGCUUUGUUUUGUUUCAAAUAAACAGGAUUAUGACAUAACA